CGUCGGUCAAAGACAAAAAGCCUGCAAGUAUGUCGGACCACGAAGACACGAAGGCGGGCGCCGAUGGCGAGGACAAGAAGCAGACGAUCACGAUCCGCGUGAAGGACCAGUCAGGCGAAGAAACCUUCUUCAAGGUCAAGCCCCACACCAAGAUGGAGAAGAUCUUCUCCGCGUACGCCCAGCGCAAGGGCGUGCCGGUCACGGCGCUCCGCUUCCUCUUGGACGGUACGCGCAUUGCCGCGGACCAGACCCCGAAGAUGUUGGAACUCGAAGACCAGGACCAGAUCGACUGCGCGCUCGAGCAGGUCGGCGGCUGCUAAGCACGAAACGAAGCCAAUGCGUUGGGCAGCGCGCCCCUUACGCUUGCGCCCGUGUAUGUUUUAAUUG